AUGUUCCCGCAACAGAGACGGGCGUCGCCGGCGAUCACGCUAACUCCGGCGCAUAAUAGCGCUGGGACAUCCAAUGCGGCUACGCCAAACCCUAGGAGUGUAGGAAAGGGAAAGGCUGUGGCUUUCGUUCAUGGUCCCAGUCUUCUGCCGUCGGACCCUCCUCCUCCGCCAACUGGGUUGCUGAAUGAUAGUGGUAUGGCAGCCGAGGAUGAAGAUUCGGAGGCUUGGAGGCGGUUCAGGGAGGUGGGUUUGCUGGACGAGGCUGUAAUGGAGAGAAAGGAUCGUGAGGCACUUAUGGAGAAAGCUUCAAGACUUGAAAAGGAGCUUUUCGACUACCAAUACAACAUGGGGCUUCUCCUUAUUGAAAAGAAGGAGUGGACUGCAAAACUUGAAGAACUAAGGCAAGCAGUGGAAGAGGCACAAGAGAUCCUCAAACGUGACCAAUCAGCGCACUUGAUUGCACUGACAGAAAUGGAAAGGCGAGAACAAAGUUUAAGAGAUGCUUUGGAGGUUGAGCGACAAUGCGUGGCUGAUCUCGAGAAGGCUUUACGUGAAUUAAAGGAUGAGCACGUACAGGCCAAGCAUGCUUCUGAGACAAAGUUGGCUAAUGCUGAAGCUUUAGUUGCUGGUAUCGAGGGCAAGUCUAUGGCCGUGAAGGAGAAUAUACAAAAUUUUGAAGCAAAGCUUUCAGAAGUAAACCAAAAGAGUAUAGAAUUGGAUGUGAAGCUCCAUGAAAUUGAAACCCGUGAAUUUUCGAUUCAGAGAGAGCGCCUCUCCUUAAAUACAGACCGAGAAGCACAUGAUGCAAAUUUAUACAAACAAAGGGAAGAUUUAAACGAGUGGGAGAGGCAACUGCAGAGGAAGGAAGAGAAGUUAGGCGAGCUCCGACAGGAAAUCAACCAACGAGAGGCAAAGGCAAGUAAAAGCGAGGGGAUCGCCAAGCAGAAAGAGAUCGACCUCGAAGAAAUGGAAAAGAGGAUCAAUCUGUCAUUUGAAAAGUUGAAGGACAGGGAAGUAGAUAUUGACAAUCAGUUAGCAGAUUUGGCUGUAAAAGAGAAGAGUGCUGAAUCUCAGAGAAGUUCUCUGGAGAUGAAAGAGAAGGAGCUGCAGAGGUGGGAAGAAAAGCUUAGUGCCAGGGAAAAGGUAGAGAUUCCAUAUAUUGUGGAUGAACACAGGACCACCCUAGAUGCUCAAAUGCAGGAGCUUGAGUUGGAACUGGAGCAGAGACGGAAAAGUCUUGAUGAAGAGUUAAAAAACAAGCAAGAAAAGGUGGAGAAACUCGAAGCCGACAUUCUCCACAGGGAGGAACUGUUGGGAAAACGAGAAGAAGCUUUAGACAGGAAAACUGAGAGGGUGAAGGAGAAGGAGAAGAAUCUUGAUGCAAAGUUGAAAACGUUGAAGGAAAGAGAGAAGAUUUUGAAAGCUGGGCAGAAGAACUUGGAGCUUGAGAAGCGGCAAUUACUUACUGAUAAAGAGAGCAUUCAGAAUCUCAAUGAUGAAUACGGGAGGAUAAAGACUGAAAUUGUUCAACAGGAGCAUGAAAUUGGUGAAAGGAGCGAAAGCGUUAAGAUAAUGAAUGAAGAAAGAUUAGAAUUCCUCCGUUUGCGAGAGGAACUGAAGAGCGAGAGAGAGAAGUGUAGGCUUCGGGAGGAGUUCCUUAUGAAGGAAGGGGAAGAGUUGAAGCUCGAAAGAGAGAGGUUUGAGAAGGAGUUGGAGUUGCUAGAAGGCAAAAGAACCCAAGUUGAAAAAGAGCUGAAGGACAUUGCUGAAGAAAGGGAAGCCUUGGAGACAUUCCGUCAAGCUGAAGGAGAAAGGCUGAAGAAAGAAGAAGAUGCACUUAAGGAGCAUGUUCAGAGAGAGUUGGAGAAUCUAAGGCUUGAAAAGGAAACAUUUGAGUCUAGACUAAGGCAUGAGCACUCAGUUUUAUGUGAGAAACACCAAAUGGACAAUGACCGUAUUGUACAAGAUUUGGAAUCACAGAGAAGCAGUUUGGAUGCUGUCCUGAUAAGUAGGAGGGAGGAAAUAGAGAGAGCCUUUCAGGAGAAGGAUAGGGCAUUUCAGGAGCAGAAGGAGAAAGAACUUAAUAACAUUGAACUCCUGAAGGAAACUGUCCAGAGAGAAUCGGAAGAAAGGCAAUCUGAAAAGUGUGCACUGGAGAAGGCAAAACUAGAAGUUGUGAAAGACAAGGAAGAUCUUGAAAGACAGCAGGUUGGGAUACAGAAAGACAUUUCUGAACUUGAGUCCCUUAGCAAGAGGCUCAGGGACCAGAGGGAACAGGUUUUGAGAGAAAAGAAUAGCUUCCUUGUGUUUGUUGAGAAACUUAAGAACUGCAAUAGCUGCAGAGAUAUAACUGGAGAGUUUAUUCUCUCUGAUCUCCAGCCUCCUGAAAUUGGAGCUGUUACCCUCCCAACGCUAAGUAAUAAGAUGGUAGCAAACCAAGGUCUUAUCAAUGUGUCUGGUGUUUCAAAUGUCAAAAACUCCUCGGCCAAACCUGAUUUGGGACAAUCAAGCCCUCAGGGGCGCAUCUCCUGGCUUCGCAGGUGCACCUCGAAGAUUCUCAGUAUAUCACCAACCAAAAGAGUGGUCUCUCCUUCCAGCUUGGCAGAAGAGUCGACCUCAUCUGCUGCCAGGGUCAAUAUUAUUAGAGAACAAGCUGAGGGACUACCUGGUGCACUUGUUGCAGAAGAUGCUAGAUGGGGUUCAGUUCCUGGCAGGGAGCAACCACCUGCAUCAUCCUUUGGGGCUAGUCAGGAGCACCAAACUGAUGACACUAAUCGAGAUGGAGAUAGGCAUGGUUUAUCUGCUGAUGAUCAUAGUUACAUUAACAGCAAGUUACAAGAAGGUCCAGAAGAUUCUGAGCAGUCGGUGUUGAAGAAUGUUGUGCGUAGACCUGGGAGGAGACGCAAGUCAGGAAUAGGUAGAACCCGCUCGGUGAAGACUGUGGUUCAGGAAGCAAAGAAGUUUCUCGGGGAAAGUCAAGAAGAAGAGCCUGAGCAUAACUUGAAUGAGCAGCCGGGUGAUGAACCUGGAUUAAGUGAGGAAAGUCAAGGUAUUUCCAGUCAAGCAGGGAAGGCGGCUAGCAAUUUUGCUAGGAAGAGACAGCGGGCACCUUCAGAAAGUCUGCAGGAUUUUUCUGACAGUGAAGGUGGUUCUGUUAGUGUAACUGCUGGUGGGCGCAGGAAAAGGCGCCAAACGGCAGCCUCGGUUGUAUCUACCCCAGUGCAAACACGAUACAAUCUCAGGCGACAGAAGAAUGUUCCAGCAAACUCAGCUGUUCAAGCGUUGCCUGCUUUAACAAAAAACCGCCAGAAGGAAGCUUCUGCUGAUGGUGCAGCUGUUGCCAUGGAAGAGCCAGGAUUUAGAGUUGCUGAUGGGACUUACAAGCCUGCUAACCUGGUCCAGGUUACGACACUUAAAGGUGCAGAGACCUCAGAGAACAGGUUAAAAGCACCACUUGGCGACGACCAAGUUGAUAUGGCUAAGUCUGUGGAGAUUGUAGAGUUGAGCGAAGAAGUAAAUGGCAUGGUAGAAAGUAGGAACGAGGAGGGAGAGAAUGGUAGUACAAUCCAUGAGGAAGCGGAAGAGGAAGAGGAAGAGGAAGAUGACUUUGACAAUGAAGAGUCCUCUGAGCACCCUGGUGAAGCUUCUGUAGGAAAGAAGAUUUGGACCUUUUUCACUACUUGA